CCGAGGGCUUCCGAAAAGAGCCGAAGAAUUCCAAGUAGCCGUUGAUAAGUGGGCAAGAUGGCGGCCGUAGCUGAGACGGGGAGGGAGACGGCUACGGCGGCGGCCGUGGCAGAGACCGCGGACUUGGCUGCGGCCCAGGAACAGGAGCGGAGGCUGGCGCGGGAACGGGAGCGGAGCAGCGACUUCCUGCGGGGCCUGGAGCUGGUGAAGCAGGGGGCAGAGGCGCGCGUGUACCGCGGCCGCUUCCUGGGCCGCGCGGCUGUGAUCAAGGAGCGCUUCCCGAAGCGCUAUCGCCACCCGGCCCUGGACACGCGGCUGAGCCGGCGGCGUACGGUGCAGGAGGCUCGGGCCCUGCUGCGCUGCCGCCGCGCCGGGAUAUUAGCCCCAGUUGUCUAUUUUGUGGACUAUGCCUCCAAUUGCUUAUACUUGGAAGAUAUUGAAGGCUCCUUGACUGUCAGGGACUAUAUUCAAUCGAUUCAGAUGACUGAAACGGAUCCUGAAAAACUCUCCCUCUUAGCAAGAAAGAUUGGGAAGGUUCUGGCACAAAUGCACGAUGAAGAUGUUAUACACGGAGAUCUCACCACCUCAAACAUGCUUCUGAAAAUGCCUGCUGAACAACUGAGCCUGGUGCUCAUAGACUUUGGGCUCAGUUUUAUUUCUGCCCUUCCUGAAGAUAAAGGUGUAGACCUAUAUGUCUUAGAAAAGGCCUUUCUUAGCACACACCCCAACACUGAAACGCUGUACCAGGACCUUCUAAAAAGUUACUCAUCAGAAUCCAAAAAGUCAGGUCCUGUGCUAAAAAAGUUAGAUGAAGUACGACUGAGAGGAAGGAAGCGGUCCAUGGUUGGGUAGGAGAAGAUUCUGUGGUAGUACCGCACAAUUUAUUUUCAAAUAAAUUUUACAGGGAGGUUACC